AUGAGUCCAAAACCUGCGUCCUCGGCUGCCACCACUGCCAUUGUGCAUUACUUCUUCCAAGCGGGCGUCCAAUUGGUGGCAAUUACUGCCGAACCUGGUGGUUCCGACGCCGUUCGCCAACGCCUAUUGGAACGGGAAGUCUCUAAAUUGGACUACGAGAUCCGAUCUGACCCUGAACAUUCCUUCUUGACUAGUGGACCACCAACUCCACCAAAGGACCUUUUCAUCAUGAAGGAUCACCAGUGGGAAGUCUCAGGAGACUACAAGAUGGUCCAACCAGCUCUUGUUGUUUACGAUGCGGACAAGGAGGUCAUUUCCGAAACUACCUGGAGCUGGAAGACCAUGGGGUUGGAUGACAACAACACCAAUUGGGACAGUCGUGUUGAUACCCAAGCUUGGGAAGGAGAAGCGGACAAAAAGGUUUUGUUGGUCACUAUGAGACCUGUCAUGUCUGAUUUGUUGGCAGCCAUUCAAGAGAAGCGUGCUGUCAAGUUGGCUUCCACCCACAAGCAGUGGUAA